UAUAAAUAUUUGCAAAGGGUUCCCUUUACACACACAUCAAGGUCGGGCCCUGGAGAUCCUAUAGUAACAGUAAUAAUGGAAACAAAAGAAGUGGUUGAAGAUAUUGUGAUUGUGGGAGCUGGAAUUGCUGGCCUUUCAACAUCCUUAGGACUUCACAGGUUGGGUAUCCGAAGUUUGGUGUUAGAAUCUUCAGAUAGUUUGAGGAUCACUGGGUUUGCUUUGUCGAUAUGGGAAAAUGCUUGGAAGGCAUUGGAUGCUGUUGGUGUUGGAGACUUCCUCCGACAGCAACAUCCCCAGCUCAAUAGGGUUGUGACUACUUCAUUGGUUACAGGGCAACAAACAUCAGUUAUGUCUUUCACAGAAACAGGAAAUCAGCAAAGAGACCGUGAAAUUCGUUGUGUUAAAAGAAAGUUACUGUUGGAAGCUCUUGCCAAUGAGCUUCCAAGUGGCACCAUCAGAUACUUGUCAAAGGUUGUUGCUCUUGAGGAAUCUGGAUUCUAUAAGAUACUCCAUCUUGCUGAUGGGACAACCAUCAAAACCAAGGUAUUGAUUGGGUGUGAUGGAGUGAACUCCGUAGUGGCAAAGUGGCUAGGCUUCAAGAAUGCCUCUUUUACAGGGAGAUAUUCAAUCAGGGGCUGUGCAGAAGUUCAGAGCAAUCACGGGUUAGAACCCAGGACCAUGCAGUUCUUUGGCAAAGGUUUUAGAGCUGGUGUCAUUCCUUGUGAUGAGAAGGCUGUUUACUGGUUUUUCACUUGGACACCUAAAAGCCACGACAAAGAGCUAGAUGAUAACCCUGCCAAACUGAAAGAAUUUGUGUUAAAUAAGCUUGAGAAGAUGCCAAGUGAUAUUAGAUACUACAUAGAAAAAACCGAGCUAGAUGUCAUCCUAUUAGUUCCAUUGAGAUAUAGACACCCCUGGGAGCUCAUGUUUGGGAAUAUUAGUAAAGGCAAUGUUUGUGUUGGUGGAGAUGCUUUCCACCCCAUGACUCCUGACCUUGGCCAGGGAGGGUGUUGUGCCUUAGAGGAUGGAGUUGUUUUAGCCAGGUUCCUAGGUGAGGCCUUCUCCAAACAUAUCAAAGAGAAGGAUGAAGAAGAUGACCAAUUCAAAAGGAUUGAGGAAAGCUUGAAGAAAUAUGCAAAGGAGAGAAGAUGGAGAAGCAUUGAUGUCAUUGCUACAGCUUAUAUGGUGGGCUCUAUUCAGCAGGCUGAGUCCAAAUUGGUUACCUUUUUGAGGGACAACAUUUUGGCUGCAUUCUUAGCUAGUCAAUAUUUGAAGAAGUCAGGUUAUGAUUGUGGAAAACUAAAUAGCUCUUAGUGAGACAAUAAAGUAAUUUUAUAUGUGUUGCUCAAACUUUGGUUGCUACUUACUGUCAUAGGUGGCUAAAAAAAGUAUGGUAAGUCUUAUGAUUGAGAUCUUACCAUAUUGUUUUGCUUGUCUUUACAUCUUAAGGUUCACUGUGAAAUUGAUUUGAAUGGCUGUGGGUAGGGUGCGAGUAAAAUAGAAGGAUGGGUGAUCAGUAAGGCAAACAAAAAGCAAAAGAAGCUUUUCGAAAUCCCAUUAUUCUGUUUCAUUUUCAUACUUUCAAAGCUGAUAGUCAUAUGUCAUUAUUUAUUCAAUUUUGAUCGA